CCAGCCAGUCUGAUGGAGGAGGCCCAGUCUGAGGGAGGCCCAGUGUAAGGUGUGGUCCAACCCGGAGGGGUGGCCCAGGAACCUGCCCUCACGGCUGGCCCCCUCAGGCAGCGACAUGGUGGAGGCGGAGCGCAGCGGGAUCCCCAUCGUGACCUCCCCCUACCAGAUCCACUUCACCAAGACGUCCAAGUUCUUCAAACCAGGCAUGCCCUUUGACCUCAUGGUGUUCGUGACGAACCCCGACGGCUCCCCAGCACGCAACGUCCCUGUGGAGACCCAGGACUCCAGUGCACGGUCCUUGACCCAGGUCGACGGCGUGGCCAAGCUGAUCAUCAACACACCCAACAAACCGGUGCCCCUGCCCAUCACUGUAAUCACUAGGAAGGACGGUAUCCUGGAGUCACGACAGGCCACAAGCAGUAUGCUCGCCCAACCCUACAAAAUCAUGGGCAGCUGCAGCAACUACCUCCAUCUGUCUGUACCUCGCGUGGAGCUCAAGCCAGGGGAAGAUCUCAAUGUGAACAUCCACCUGCGAAUUGACCCCACCACCACCAAGCAGAAGGAUGUCUACUACUACACCUACCUGGUCAUGAACAAAGGGAAGCUGUUGAAGGUGGGUCGACAGAAGCGUGAGCUCGGCCAGGAUGUGGUCGCAUUGCCCCUGACCAUCACUGAGGACUUCAUUCCUUCCUUCCGCCUGGUGGUUUACUACACCUGCCUUAACAGCAAUGGCCAGAGGGAGGUGGUGGCUGAUUCCGUGUGGGUGGAUGUCAAGGACUCCUGUGUGGGCAAGCUGGUGGUGAAAGGUGGCAGGAAGGAAGAGAGGGUUCACCUACCUGGCCAGCAGAUGACCCUCAAGAUCGAGGGGGACCACGGGGCCCGAGUGGGGCUCGUGGUGGUGGACAAGGGCGUGUUCGUGCUGAACAAGAAGAAUAAGUUAACUCAAAGCAAGAUCUGGAACGUGGUAGAGAAGGCUGACAUCGGCUGCACCGCAGGCAGCGGGAAGGACUAUGCCGGCGUCUUCACGGACGCAGGGCUGGCCUUCCAGACCAACACAAACCUGCAGACCCCGGAUAGGACAGAUCCCGAGUGCCCCAAACCAGCUACCCGGCGCCGCCGCUCAGUGAUGCUCAUGGAGAAGAGGAUGGACAAAGUGGGUCAGUACCCAAAGCAGCUGCGCAAGUGCUGUGAACAUGGCAUGCGGGAGAACCCCAUGAAGUUCUCGUGCGAGCGCAGGGCCCGGUUCAUCCAGCACGAGGCCUCCUGCGUGAAGGCCUUCCUGGACUGUUGCAAAUACAUCACCCAGCUGAGGCUCAACCACACCCGUAGUGCCCACCUGGGAUUGGCCCGGAGUGACUUGGAUGAGGAUAUAAUCCCGGAAGAGGAAAUCAUUUCCCGAAGCCAGUUCCCUGAGAGCUGGCUGUGGCGCAUAGAGGAACUCACUGAACCUGAGAAAGAUGGAAUCUCCACAAAGACCAUGAAUAUAUUUUUGAAAGACUCCAUCACCACCUGGGAGAUUCUGGCGGUGAGCUUGUCGAACAAGAAAGGGAUCUGCGUGGCUGACCCCUAUGAGGUCACGGUGAUGCAAGACUUCUUCAUCGACCUGCGGCUACCCUACUCUGUCGUGCGCAAUGAGCAAGUGGAGAUCCGAGCCGUGCUCUACAAUUACCAGGAUGUUGGGGAGCUCAAGGUGCGGGUGGAAUUGCUCUACAACCCAGCCUUCUGCAGCCUGGCCACCGCCAAGAAGCGCUACCAGCAGAUUCUGAAAAUCCCAGCCAAGUCCUCAAUGGCUGUGCCUUUUGUCGUCGUGCCUCUGAAGGUCGGUCUACAUGAGGUGGAGGUCAAGGCUGCGGUCUACAAUCGUUUCAUCAUGGAUGGUGUCAAGAAACCCUUGAAGGUCGUGCCUGAAGGGAUCAGAGUCGACAAAACUGUGGCCGUUCACACACUGGAUCCAGAAAACCGGGGCCAAAACGGAGUGCAGCGAGAGGAGGUCCACGCCGCAGACCUCAGUGACCAGGUACCAGACACAGAUUCAGAGACCAGGAUCCUCCUGCAAGGGACCCCGGUGGCUCAGUUGACUGAGGAUGCCAUUGACGCCGAGCGACUGAAAAACCUCAUCGUGAUCCCCUCGGGCUGUGGGGAGCAGAACAUGAAAAGCAUGACGCCCACGGUCAUUGCCGUCCAUUACCUGGACCAAACGGACCAGUGGGAGAAGUUGGGACCCACAAAGAGAAAGGAAGCCUUGCAGCUCAUCGAAAAGGGGUACUCCCAGCAGCUGGCCUACAGACAGGACAAUUCGGCCUAUGCGGCCUACCUGGACAGGAAGCCCAGCACCUGGCUGACAGCCUACGUGGUCAAGGUCUUCUCUCUGGCUUCCAACCUCAUUGCCAUUCAGGCCGAUGUCAUCUGCGGGGCGGUCAAAUGGCUGAUCCUUCACAGGCAGAAUCCCGACGGGGUCUUCCGGGAAGAUGCGCCCGUAAUGUCCCAAGCAAUGACUGGUGGCUACCAGGAGAAUGAGGAGAAGGAUGUGUCCCUCACAGCCUUUGUUCUCAUUGCACUGGAAGAGGCUAAAGAUAUUUGCAAGCAAAGGGUCAAUGUAAGUGUCUGCCACCCUCUCCGUCUCCCCUCCCUACCCACGGCACAUCCACCUUGGAGGGUGGGUGUUGCAUUAGGGUGAUUCCCGGUCCUCCCAGUGCAAUAGCAGCCACCACAGCAGCCAUAAUGCCCAUAAAACCAUAAUAAUUCCCAGCAUUUUUUGAGCAUUUAACUAAGAUGCUCAUCUAGGUGCUGCACAUGCUAAGUCCUGUAAUCCUUCUAAGAGUUCGAGACGUAGGCUACUCUUCUUAUCCCCAGGUUACAGAGGAGAAAACUAAGACAGAAAGAGAUCAAAGAAUGGGUCCUUUCUGCCUGCUUUACCCUGUCCAGAGAGUGUCAGCCAAUUUCAACAAAAGCCCCCUCAGCCUGCUUUCCCCAUCACUGCUACAUGAUCAGUGCAGCAUACCUUGCUGCUUCCCUGAAGAAAAGGCACAACCCAGACCCAAGAACACAUCAAGGCUACUCUCUUAGUUCAGGAGAUCUUUUAGGAAAUUUUCCAAGGGGCCCAUGCCCCCAAAAAGGAAAUGAUUACAAAUAUUGGCUCACGGCUGUCUCUUUUUCCUCUGGUUUUGGUUCUGAAGCAGCGAAGCUUAGAAAGACGGACUCCCCAGAGUCUCUGCAAUUACUCCCUCUGCUUUGUCCUGGGGUUUGAGAGUGGUUUGUUUGACCUUAGCUUGCCAAGUUAGAGAGCCCAGGAUUUUGCCUCAGACAGCUGCCCCUCCCUUCAUCGGACUCAAGAUAGAGGGGACAGGGCUGUUGACUUGAGGGCCUCAGAGGGACCCAGGCCGUUCUGGGCCCAAUAAUUCCUCUCUCCCUGCCACCCAGCCUGCCCAGCAGAACUUGGCUGCCUUCCUUGGGGAAAUAGCCAGACCAAACCUAGAGCUUUCAGAUUCCCAUAGGGUAAAUUCUGAUUGGCCCACCCGGGGUCAGGUGGUCAUACCUGGGCCAAUCAGCUGAGGGCAGGAAGUAGGUCUUACUGGGCAAAUAUGGCUGCUUACACUGUGGCCGAGUGAAUGAAAGACCGAAGUUUCUGCAAAAGUUAAGAGUAGAUGGAGGGCAGGCAGCUGGCAGGGAAAGGAUUAGUUUCUUCUGCAAGGCACCAACAUUUUCUUCUACAAAAUGGCAACACUAUGCCUGAGUAUAGCAUAGGCUGUAGACCCAGAUUACUGGGACGCAGAUUACUGGGAAGAGUGUGCUGAGAUCAGUCUGUGAAAGCCAACCGUUAAACUUCCAGGAAUUUCACAAGCUAGUUGUUAAACACAAUCAUUCUUUUCAAGCAAAUUAUGUAAACUGGCUUUAGACUAAACACUAAUCAUUAAAAGCAAAGGUAAGAAACGCUCAAAACUCAUCACUUCCUGAUUGUUUUAUUACUUUCCCUCAUUAUCUAUGACAAAUCUAUCCAUCUCGGGGUUAUGUACCUAUAAGGUGGAAAUGCUAUCUAAUUCUGUGCUACUGCCCCCCUCCCCCCAACUCUGCAUUCACUGACUCCACAUAGUUUGAAUUUGGCCACGGUAAUAUUUACACCAAGAAAGUUGGCGAACACUGCACAUCAUGGCUUCCUCCUUCCAUCAUCUCUCUGGGUCUCAAUCUUGUCAUUCGUGCAGUAGAGAUGAUGAUGAAAAUAAUGCCAACCCCAUGGGAUCCUGAAGUUCAGCGAUUGCCUGUGUGACUGCCAUAUAGUAAGUGUUAGCUGUGAAGCUGAUGAUUAGAGAAGAG